AUGAAGCCAAAUGAGCUUGGUCCAUUCGGCAACGUAUUGGUACAGCAUGGUAGCGACUUCGAUCCAACGAGCGAGCAGUUUGCCUUGCUUUCGAAGAUUGCUGCAAAGCGGGUGGAGUGGCUGGAAGGCGAUAUUCAUAAAUUGGAUAAGUUGAGCAAGACUUUCUCAUGGGAGAUGCCAUACGCGGACAGCGAGUUCGAAGAGAUUACGGAGUUUCUACGUGGGUUUCGCAAGGCGAAGAAGUUUGCUGCUACUGUGAAUUUGUAUCGUUAUUCUGACUCUUCAUAUGUUGCCAAAGCUAUUGAAGGUGAUGGUGCGUCAGUGACAAUUACGAAAAUACGCCAAUGGUACGAGGAUUCCCAGGCGAAGCUGGCUCGGUAUACAGAAGAAAUGGCAAAUUUAAGCAAAGUCUACAGAUCAGUGGACAUGAUUUCGACAAAUAAACCACGUCUUGAGUUAGAAACUCGGAUUGGUGGCUUGACUUAG